AUUUAAACUACCACAAGCCUGUAGAAGAAGACAACAGGCGGUGCAGGAGGAGGGAAGUCAACCCGGGAUGCAGUCUCCAAACAUCUGCGGUACGAUGGGUCGUCGUGAGGAGCUGAGUGACUUCCAGCGGGGCACCGUGGUCGGAUGUCACAUGUGCAAGAAGUCCGUCCGUGAGAUCUCCGCCCUGUUGAACCUGCCCCGGUCCACCGUGAGCGCCGUGAUCCUAAAGUGGAAGCGUGGAGGAAUAACGACGGCUCUGCCCCGGAGCGGCCGACCGCACAAGCUCAAAGAGGAGGACCGUCAAGUGUUGGAGAAAGUAGCGCUGGAGAACUGUCUGCCCUCGGUGGAAGCUCUCACCGCCGAGUUUCAGACCGCCUCCGGGGCUUGCGUGAGCUCCAGGACAGUCCGCAGGGAGCUCCAUGAGAUGGGCUUCCGUGGCCGAGUGUCCACGUACAACAAACCUGUAGGCGGGGAGAAAGCAGAGACGAAGCAGACAGAUAAAGAAGUCCAGGUGGACGUGUCUCGUCUGGACCUGCGCGUUGGACGUAUAAUCACAAUUAUGCCACUUCCAGACACAGACGGUGUUUAUGUGCAGCAGGUCGAUGUCGGAGAGGCUGCUCCCAGGACAGUGGUCAGUGAGCUCGCUAAGCAAAUACCUGUGGACCAGCUGCAGAACCGCAUGGUAAUCCUGCUUUGUAACCUGAAGCCAGCCAAGACCAGAGGAGUGCUGUCCCAGGCUGUGAUCAUGUGCGCCAGCUCACAAGACAAGGUCGAAAUCCUUGAUCCUCCAAACGGAGCAGUACCAGGGGACAGAGUCACUUUCCAGGGCUUCCCAGGUGAACCGGACAAAGAGUUGAACUCCAAGAAGAAGAUGUGGGAGCAGAUUCAGCCAGACCUACGCACGGACAGCCAGUGUGUUGCAACCUACAAGGGAGUUGCCUUUGAAAUUGUCGGCAAGGGAGUGUGCACAGUCCAAACCAUGAGCGACACUGAAAUCAAAUAAACUCAACAGGGCUUGCUCGAAAUAGCUCAGUUCAAAUCCCUACAGCCAGACGGGAUCCAAAAUGUUGUGGAAAGCCUCCACAGAAGAGUGGAAGCAGCAUAUUAAUGCACACGCUUUUGGAGUGAUGUGUCCAGCAGUCACAUGGGUGUUAUGCUUGAGUGUUCGCAUACCUUUUGUACCGUCAAGAGUGAUAGUGAAGAGUACGUUGCCCUCUGUCGGACGGACAUGAGCCUUACUGUUACAUUUUUUAUUAUGAAAGUCUGAAUCUUGGCCAGGGGAUGGCGCCACAGUAACCAUGAUGAUGUACAGUAUGGUGAGUUUGUUGAAGUGAGACAACAUGAGGACAAACGCGCACACAGUCAUAUCCAGCAUGGUAAAAAGAAAAAUGAAAUCUUCUCAAAGAAUCCCUUUUUAGAUCGGGAAACGUCUGAUGGAGUAUAAAAGGUUUCCCGUGAUGCCACAGAGGUCGUUUCCACUGAACUGUGGAUUAAACUCGCAGUGCAGAAGUCCCUUUUGAAAAAGGGACUGAACACGUUUACUUUCUUGUAAAAAUGAGUAGGGGAAUUACUCUAUUUGAGGUAGUUUUACCUAAAUAAAUAAUAAAAGUUCCCUGAGCUUCUUCAGUUUAAAUCUGAUGAUGGAAAUGAGUCAUUCUGUUAUGUGUCAGCAUAUGUAGCCUGUGGAAAGUUUUAUUUGAAAGAUGUAUCAUAAUUAUCACAGGAGUAUAUCUGAGAUCCAGACAGUCACUUUGUUGUUUCAGCUCUAAAUGAUGUAAAAUAUGUUGUUACUGAUUCUGCUCUCGCAGAUUGUUAUCUCAGCUCUUCAGAUCAUGUAGCAACCUGUAACAGCCUUAGCUUUUUAUAUGUUCGGCUACAUGGAUCUUGUUUGUGUCUCAGCUUCCAUUCGUCGCUGCCCAUUUGAAACAAUAAACCAUCAGGUCUUGGUUUUAAAAGAA